AUGGUGUUGGUAAAACAUCUUUGUUUUUCAACUCUUCCACUUUUACUUGCUGUUUCCGGAACCAGUAUUGGAGCCUCGCAUUUCUCAAGUGACAUAUCCCGAUCCAAGCUCAACAACCGAGAUGAGCAUGCCUAUAUUGGCACCCGCGAUGAUGAAGUCGAUCUUGGGCUACGCGUGGAUAGUGGAGAUGACAUAUCCCUUCAACUGCGUAGGCCAAUGAGACGAGAGCGGUUCGGAAAGCGGGCAGCAAAGGGCCCAGCGAAGCCUGCUCUUGCUCCCAAGAAAGCCGCUGCUACUAAGAAGGCCACUACUCCUAAGAGAGCUGCUACUCCCAAGAAGCCUGCCGCUCCCAAGAAGCCUGCCGCUCCCAAGAAGCCUGCCGCUCCUAAGAAGCCUGCUACUCCUAAGAAAGCUGCUCCUAAGAAAGCUGCUCCCAAGAAGCCUGCUACUCCUAAGAAAGCUGCUCCCAAGAAAGCUGCUCCCAAGAAGGCCACCACUCCCAAGAAGGCCACCACUCCCAAGAAGGCCACCACUCCCAAGAAGGCCACCACUCCCAAGAAGGCCACCACUCCCAAGAAGGCCACCACUCCCAAGAAGGCCACCACUCCCAAGAAGGCCACCACUCCCAAGAAGGCUGCUAUUCCCAAGAAAGCUGUUGCUACUAAGAAGGCCACUACUCCCAAGAAAGCUGCUGCUCCCAGGAGGGCUGCUUCAAAGAAAGCUACUGGUAUCAAGACGCCUAUCGAUUCCAAGAAGGCGGCAGGUCACAAGGCUGCUUCUCCUAAGAAGUUCGCGGUAAAGACUCAUGCCAAGAAAGUCGGUCCUAAGAAGGCUGCCGGUCCUAAGAAGGCUGCCGGUCAUAAGAAGGCUGCCGCUCCCAAGAAAGCCGCUACCCCUAAGAAGACAGUAGCUUCUAAGAAGGGUACAGGUCGAGAGAAAGCUGCAGCAAAGAAGGCUUCAACUAAGACUGGCACCAAGAAGUCUAAUGCCAAGAAGGCUCCGGCCAGGAAGGUCGGCACCAAGAAGUCUGCUACUAAGGGUGUUGGCAAGAAGAGUUCUGGGAACAAGCAUUCCGGAAAGAAGUUGCCUGGAAAAAAGACGCCCGGAAAUAAGAAGCAUGGAAAGAAGCAUCCCGGAAAGAAAUCACCUGGAAAGAAGAGUUCUCUUAAAGCCAAUGGCGCCAAGAACCCUUCUCCUAAGCAGACUCCUGCUAGGAUUGCUUCCAAGUCGGUCGAUUCCACCAAACCGAACCCGACCACUCAGCACUGUAAGCGAGGCCCGGGUGGGGAGGAGGGGGGAAGCUGCAAGACUCCUAAUUCUGGGGGAAUUGGAGCAGCGUUUCAAAAGACCAGGAAGGGCAUUGAGAAGCUCAUGGGAAUGGAACAAAACAAAAUAGAUAAGGCCACGAUUGGAUACCCAAAGUUGAUCGAGCAAAACACAGCCCCUGGGACGCAGGCAGGCCAGAGGAGUGGGCAGCAGAGCGGAGAACAAAGUCUAGAGAGCAAGAAAAGAGUAGUAGACAAGUCCGAGAUUGGCAAGCCACAGCCUAAAGAGGGGUCGUCAGCGCCCUUUCUCCAAGUAUACAACAAACCCCCUGAGGGGCAGACAGGCGAACGGAGUGGUCAGCAGAGGCAGUCGCACGAAUCAUCAGGUCAAGAGACAAGCGGAUCCAUACCCCUUGUAAUCGAAGGCUCGCCUUCAGGACAAUCGGGUGAGAAGAGUGGGCAGAGGGAGUCACAGAAAUCGACAAGCCAGGAGACAAGCGGCUCGAUACCAAUCAUGAAAGCAAACUCGCCUGUAGAACAGGCGAACCGACAAACAAUUGGCUCAUCGUCAACCGAUAGUGGUCCGAUAUAUUUGGAAGAUCAUUUAGGGAAUAAGGUGAAUUGA